AAGACCUGGAAAAUGUGUAUUGAGUUGGAAAAUAUUUCAACAAGCAGCACGUGAACACAACAUUAAUCCUUCACGUUUGUUGUCGUCAUGGCGCGGCCGUUGAAACUGUUGCCGGAAAACACGAUAUACAUUUAAAAGAAGUACUUUGUCGUACAAUUACAGAAAUUGCCUGGGAGGUUUUACCUAAUCUCUUAUAUUUAUAAGGAAAUAUCAUUGAUGCUGUGUUUGUUUAUACGCCAUUAUUUUGGACAGUUUGUUAGCUUAGUUAUGCUCAAUUGCUAAUCGGCAACUAGUGUAUCUAGGGUUUAAUGUUAAGUUAUCGUUUGUCUGGGCCAUGUGAAAGUAGUUUAAUGAUGUUGUGAGUAUGUACGCAUACCUGUCACACAAAGGAAUGUUUCUUUUUUUUCUUCUUUUUCUUUUUUGUAUUUUGUAACUGGUCUAUUUUUUGAUUUGCCGUAAAUUGAAUUCUUUAACACCACAAUGGCCAAACACCAUGGUAACAAAAACAAGAUAUUGUUCAGUGGAGGUGUCUCUUUGAAUACCAGCAACUAUGCCACCCACACCCACCCAACAGCCCCCAUUGUAAUUGAGAGGCUGCUUCUGCCACUGGCACCGUCAGAGCAGCACGAAGACUCUGACAGUAUCAAGAGCUUCAUAAACUUCACUGCUCUCUCUGAAAAGAGAUUGCUAGCAGCAGUUAAACUCGCCAAAAGAGACCUGAGACUACGGAGCGUUGAGAUGAUAUCCACUACUGAAACAUCACCAGAGGCCGUGGUAUUUGGAAAAAGUGAUGCAGAGUUGCUUCAGGAAGAUGCAGAUCCUUCAAAAGACAAUUUAAGGACCAGCUGUCCUAGAGAAGAAUUUGUCCAUCCUGCUCAGCAAAUAUCCCAGAAACAGCUUCACAACUGUGCAUCGUGUAGGUUAGAGUCACCAGCUGGAGUCCCUGGUCCAAAACUGCAAGACAGAAGCAAUCGAGAUCCUCUAACCCAGGAAAUGAACAAACUCCAUUGUCAGAUGGAUGUUUAUAUUCAUGCUGUCGAAGAUCUGUUGAAAAGAGACUUUAAAAUCACAGGAAGGGAAUCACUGGAACCUGAUGAAAAACACAGGUUGAACGUCAGAAGACAACAGCAGGGAGCUCGCCUUUCUCGAGUCAUCUAUGGCCUACAGCUACAGAUUAAACAGAUACAACAGGAUGCAGAGAGACUCAAGAGUCUGAAGCUUUGGGACAUGAAAAAGUCCCCCGUGAUUAAAAGGCUUGCAGCCAGCCACCGUGGUGCCAUAAGGGUCUUUCAGGAGGUCAUCCACCAGCUUUCAGAUCCACACCUGGACCAGAUGCCACCUUGUUACCAAGAGCUGGGCCAGCUAAUUCAUAAGCUUGCUCUCUGUUCCACUCUUGUUGGUAUGACCGAGGGUUCUGCUGUUGCUGAGAUGGCCUUUAACAUCAUGCUGAAACUGGAGACUUUUGAGUUGGUCCUGUGUAAAUUAAAGACAUCUGAACAAGCACAGGUCCAAACAUGUUCUCCUCAGAGAAAGUCUCCUCCACGCAGCACGACCCAAACUACUGUCCUCAAGGGUUCCAACAGGUCUCAUAUUCAAGGUCCUCGUAAACCUGCAAAUCCCAAAAGGGGUGUCCGUGGUUGGAGAGCGACCUCACAGAAACCAAAAACUGAUCCUCGUCAUCCUUCACACAGAGAAGCGUCUCGGAGAGUCCUGAAAAAGAACGAUGUCCCAAACAAGCAUAAUCUUUCACAAGAUGAAGGCGUCCAGCAGCCACCAGUCGCUGAUCCUCCAUCACAGAGGAAAUCUUCUCAAAGAGGACAGGCAGAACAUCGCUGUCUCCUCCCUUCAACUACCCCCACAAACCUGAAUAAAGCUGGUGAAAUUAGAGCAGAGUCAAACAUAGAUUUUGAAAAAGAGAACCAAGCUGAGGAAGUAGCAAAAAGGAGGGAAGUUCUAUCACCAAGUCUGUGGGCGGCACAGGAUGAGCUGGAGGAAAGAACUCAGCCACUGUUCAGUAAAGCACAGUCGACUGAAACAGUUGAGCAGCUGAUUGAAAAUCAGCGUAAGGAUGCUAUAACUGAGACAGAUGUACUCUCAGAAGACCAAUACAGACUUCAAGCACAUACCCUUGAGAGUAUGCUGCUUCGCAUGGAACAGAUACAGAAGGAUCAGGAGGAAGUGAGGAUGCGUUUCACUUCAAUCACUUACUCCGACUCUCUUUACUGGGACCAAUCAAGAAGACAGGGAACCCAAUGCUUCAUGAGAGCCUCAAGGCCAACUUCUCCUCAACCGAUUAGACUCACCAGGCCAGUGCUGAAACAAACCUCUGUAGCUGAGAUUGACCUGAAAAACCCUGUGGACGCCAAUUUUCAGUCUGAAAACAGCCUCACAGAACAGCAGCAGAAGCAGAAAACAAUCACAGCAUUCCCAGGCCCCGAAGAGAAUGUUAGGGGAACAUCAAUCUCCAUACCACAUGACAUGCUGGAAAACAUUAGGCGUUACCAGCAGGAUUACAGUACCUACCUGCAGGUUGUAGCUCAUAAGGGCGUUGGCUUCUUCAAUCCCUGGGCCACUGCUGACAGCCUGGCAGAGGAAAUUUUCUCAGAGGCUCUGGCAGACGUAACAACAGAGUUUCAGAACGUCAUGGAGAGCUAUGCUGAGGCCGUCUACACCUCAGAGUUUCUCCAGCCCAUCCAGCUGCUUCGUCCUCCAGCUUCAGAAACUGCUGCUGCUGCUGUGGUCAGCCAGUAGCCAGCUAAAAGGCUCCACUUUAUAUUUAAUUUAGCUACAUGUCUUUUUUUUUGUUGAUCAGUAAUCAUCCUUUAUUUAUUUCAGAAGAUUCAUACUAGAAUCAAAUACGCAGGAUUUGUCUGACUUUCCACCAGAAUGAUUUCCUAUUGGAUCAUGUCUUUGACUCAUUGUCUUUUUUUUCUUCUGAAAUUUUGAAAAUAAAACAAUUUAAAGACAUAAUAGAAGAGUCUGGAG